CUUUGACCAUUUGGGGGGGUUCCACGACUGGCCUGCAGUUCAGCGCCCAGCAUGGCUGGCGAUGGAGGAUUCGGCCCGGUGUGGGGGUCGAUGUGGCAUCCUCCUGUUAGUGGCAUUGACCCUGGUGAUCGGUUCCCUCUACAGCGAUCGGCUGUUUGGGCGAAAUUGGAAUCGCUAUGUCUCCUCCCUGUCUUCCCUGCAGCUGGAUGCUCCCCCGGACAUACCACCCGAAGAGCUCUCGCAGGGUCAGGCCAACGUCUUCAAGCAAGAUGCCACUAUGGCGCCGGGGACAGGUGAUUCCCCCUGGCAGCCUGCUUACGUGGCACUGGCGUCAACGCGGACUUGGUCCACCACGGGACCUCCAACAUCCACAACCUCAUCUUCGCAGCUGCUCUCGGAGAAUCCGCUCUCGGAGCUUCCCACGUUGCCGUCGUGGGUGAACGACCUGGACGUUCCCAGAGGGAAGGUUCCGUGUCCAAGAGAGAUCGGCGUGAAGACCUGGAAUGGCCGAAUAGGAAAUCACUAUUUCCAAGUGAGCCAGGUCAUUGUUUUCGCGUUGCUGUGUGGCAUCUCUGCCGUGAGCUUUCCAGAAGCGAUUCUGAAUCCCAAAGCCUACCAAAGUCAAGUAGGUGUCCUGCUGAUGCCUCAGCGAGUGAUGCUGGAAGGACAAAGUCAUCCCCAGCCACUCUUUGUGCCGAGUUUUUGCCCCAGCAGCUUCAAGUCCAGCAACUGGUACCACCAGCACUGCAACGGCAGCGUGCCGGCUUGGCGUCACUGGCAAGUCAUGCAGCGCUACGUACGGCCCCACUUGGGACAACAGCUCUUGCAGAUCGAAGCAGCGCUCACGACGGCGGAGGAGGACGUGCUCACAGUGCAUUUGCGAGGCGACGAUGUUGGACGGGUUCCGAUGUACGAACUGAGCCAGCCUCCCUGCAGUCUCUACCAACGGAUUCUCCAAGAGCAUCGCUAUCGGCGGGUCAUGCUGAUUUUCUUAGGGAAGCCUGCCUGCCAAUCCUUUUUCGAGCAGAAUCUCAGCAAAGACAUCCAAGUGGAGCGACCGAAGAACAAUUCAGUGACACUCCACUUCGCCAGCCUCAUGCGGGCCAGGCAUCUUUUGGUGUCCUUCUCGAGCUUCUCCCUCUCUGCGGCCCUGCUGAGUAAGACGGUGAAGACACUCUACCGUCGCACGGGUGUGCCCUGGGAAAAGGAUUUGCACGCGCUACUGAACUGCAACAUUUGGCCCGGUGUGAUCAUGUAUGAGUACCAUGCCAGCAUCGUGCCUUUGAACACGCUGCCGCCGGGUGGACCUUCACGAUGGCUCAAACACUUCCCAGGCGACAACUUCACGGGGCCCUUCCUUUGUGAGCAUGGGAAGGACCCUUCCAUUGCUACGCCUCCGACGACUCCAACUUCUCCUUCUUUGCGCGGCCAGACCGGGAUAACAACCUCAGGAGGAGCCUCCACGUCAACUUCACGCGCUCCUAACGACGACAGCGUGACCACCUUCACCACGACCACCACGACCACCACGGCCACCGCGACCAUUCCUGCCGCCAUGGAGGUCCAACUGGACACAGGCAACGUGUCCACCGGACCCGCUUUGCCACCGCUGGGGACGUUGAGCGAUGAACCGCUGCCGCGGACGAAUGUGAAGUGCCCCGAGGAGGUCGUUCUGAGAGAUUGGAACGGCAGGAUUGGAAAUCACUUCUUUCAGAUCAGUCAAGCGAUCGUCUUCGCACUGCUUUGCGGCACACCGAUCGUCACCUUUCCAGCGUUUAUUCCACGCCUCUAUCAAUCACAAGCAGGGAUGCUUCGAAUGCCACAGAGGGUAGUCUUGCAAGGGCUUCCGCUCAAAGCUGGAGGCUCCAUUCCGGAGGCCUGUCCAACAAGAGGCAGCAACUGGUACCACCAGCAUUGUCGUGGCAUUCCUUCGUGGAGACACCGCCAGGUGAUGGCGCAAUUCUUGAGACCCAACUUGGGGGAGAAGCUUUUGAGCGCUGAAACCGCUGUGGAGGAGCACUCCAAGGAGAUGUUGACUGUCCAUCUGAGAGGAGAAGAUAUCCACGUGAAGCCCCAGUACGAGGUUAAUCAGCCUCCAUGUAGCAUGUACAAAAAGAUCUUGUCGGAACACGAGUACCAGAGCGUGAUGGUCGUGCAAGUGGGUACCACUGCUUGUGACGACUACUUCAAGGAGUUGAGAAAAGUCAUAACAGUCCACAAGCCUAAUACAGGCUCAGUGGUGAAAGACUUCGCUCAGCUCAUGCGGGCAAGGAAUCUUGCCCUAUCAUUCUCCAGCUUUGCUUUGUCAGCUGCUUUGCUGAGCAAGGACGUCGAGGUCUUGUACCGUCGCCGGGAUGCCGAAUGGGAGUCCGUGUUGCAUUCCAUCCUGAACUGCAACGUUUGGCCGGGCGUCAAGAUGUACGAGUACAACACCACCAUGGCGCAGCGUGGAAAGCUCCCGAAGGGGCCCAUGGAGUGGUUGAAGAGUGUGGCAGUGGAGGACAUCAGCGGUCCCUUCAUUUGCCAAUAUGGAAGUGAGAUCCGUCCGGCCAUUUGACUUCGUCCGCAUCCGCCGUCCGCGUCCGCCACCCGACGAUACCGACGGCUGACGAAUCGGAGCCUUAAUGGCGCAAGUCUAGAAAAAUGUCUCUCAAGAGUCCAAGAGGCAGUAUUCAAGGGUUGGAAGGAGAGAGAUGGACAACAUCAUUUCGGAAGGUUACAAGGAGGGGCUCAGUAUGGCAGAGCAAAGUUAGACUACAUAGAUUACAUUGCGCCUGUGAAUCUCAAGGGACC